CCGCAUUGGUGUUGCUAAUCCGGCUUAUUUGGGCUUGAAACGCAAACAAAAAUUCAAUCGCACAUAUAAAAAGCCUUAUGGGCUCUCGUAUGCGAAGGCCCAUAACCGUUCUUCGUCUUCUACUCUUCUUCUGUCUCGAUAUUUCUCUGCAAACUCGGUCGGAAAAUUUUCAUCCAGGAGAAGUCGUAAAUCCGCCAUCGCCGAUUCGUUCCUUCGCUACCACGAUAACAAAUUCCGUCGUUUUCCAGGUUCCGAUUUCUCCCCUCAAUCUCGCCUGAUUCGAGUUUCUACUUCCCAAUAUGCACUCCAAAUCGCGCCAGAUUCUGCUCAGAACCCCAAAUUCCCGCCGCCUCCAAACCCUAACCUUCGAACCAUCUCAACCCCUAUCCCUCCGCGACCUGAAGCUUUCCCUGAUCCCCGAUCAUGGAAAUCCAGAUGCUUUCUACUUCACCGCCAACGGGAAGCUCCUCGCCGAUGAUUCCACCGCGGUCGGGAGCCCCCAGGUUCCGGCUUUAUCCACUCUCACCCUGCGCCACCGCCUCCGCGGAGGCGGUGGCGACGGAGGCGCGACGGGGGCCGAAUCCCGCGACUGCUACUUAAAAAUGUACGCGGAGAAGAAGCCGGACAAAAUCGACCCCAACGAGCAGCGGCUUUCCAAGUGGGUGAACUGCGCGCUGUCCUACGAGACUCUCCGGCAGCCCUGCGUGAUGGACAGACUGGGAAAUGUGUUCAACAAGGAAGCUCUGGUCGAGGCUCUGAUAGGUAAGAAGCUCCCCAAAGCUUUUUAUCACAUCAGAGGUUUGAAAGACAUGAUAGAUGUUAAGCUAGAGCCGAUCCCCGGUGGGGAAUCGAACAAUGCGUGGUUUCAGUGCCCGAUCACGGGGCUGGAGUUCAACGGGACGUACAAGUUCUUCGCUUUGAGGAAAUGUGGGCAUGUGCUGAGUGCCAAGGCUUUGAAGGAGGUGAAGUCGAAGGCUUGUCUGGUGUGUUACAAGGAGUUCGAGGAGUGCGAUAAGGUUGUGAUCAAUGGGAGUGAGGAGGAGGUGGAUGCUUUGAGGGAGAGGAUGGAGGAAGAUAGGGCUAAAGUUGUGAAGGAUAAGAAGCAGAGGAAGGAGAGGAGUGGAGAUGUUGUUGUUGCGGCUAAAGGCGUCGCUGAUGGUGGUGAAGUGGAGGAGUCUGAGAAGAGGUUGAGUGGGAAGAAGCAUGGGAUUGUUGAUGGUAAGGAUGUGGAGAAGGUUGCUGCGAAAACGGAGAAGUUGAAUGGGAAGAUUGAGAGUGUUGGCAGUACUAACAACAAGAGGUUCAAGGCUGCUGCUGUUGCACCGGCUAACGCGACCAAGGAGGUUUAUGCAUCGAUCUUCACCUCGUCGAAGAAGAAGUCGGAUUUCAGGGAGACUUACUCUUGUCGAUCCCUACCUCUCGGUAGGAACUGAUUUAGAGGUGGAAUCGAAGCUAUGUAAUGGUGAAGCUUUUCUCGAAUCUGAUUGAUUGUAUGAAUUUAGAUACUGUUACAAUGUGAAGAACUGUUACAAUGUGAAGAACUCUGGCCGAUAUCAUUACGAAUUAUAUCAUUGUCAUGUUCAGGAGCUGGUACGUGAUGCUACCAUUUCAUGUUCAGAUGCUACCAUUUCAUGUUCAGGAGCUUACCCUGAAGUUGUUAAUCAUUCCUGGCAAUUAAAAAAUUGGGGCAAUGAAACAAUACGACGCAAUGAAGCGAAACAAGCUUA